CAUGGACCAGCACAACCAACCUCACCUCUUCAGCCCCCAUUGUGAAGUUCGGCGUUUAGACAUGAGCAGAUUGCUCCCGCCUGUAGAAACACCAGCUGCGUGCAUCAGACUCGCCGUGAAGCCCCAAUUAUCCGAGGCGAAAAACCCCGAGGACGAUUGGACUGGGAAGUCGGAUGCUGCUGCGCGGAGACGGGCGCAAACUAGACUCAACACGAGGGCAUAUCGAAAACGCAAAGCUCUGGCUAAGAAGACGAGAAGUGAUCUCGUCGUUCCGACUACCAGCCAUGUAUCAACAAUGACAACAACAGUAACAACCACUAUCAAACGAGAGCCAAUGGUAGAAUGCUGGGAUGAAUCGCAACAGACAAUCUCCACAAUCCCAUCCUCCCACCUCCCAGCCCUCUUCAACCCCAAAACCCCCCUCCUACCACCCCAUCACACGAUCCCAGACAAAACCCAACAACCACGACAACAGCAGCAGCAUCAGUUCCGCAGCGUCGUGUUCCCCCUCUCCCCAGACCACCUCAUCACCCUCCUCCAAUACAACGCCCUCCGCGCCCUCUCCACAAACCUCUCCCUAAUCUCCACCCUCUUCACCACCCCACCCUCCUGCAACGCAACCGAAGACACAAUCCACACAAUCCCCUACCCAACCACGUCCGCGCACCUCGUCCCGCCCGCGCUCCUCCCCACCGUCCUCCAGCAAACAGUCCCGCAUGCCGUCUGGAUCGACAUCUUCCCGUGCCCCGUUGCCCGCGACCGCUUGAUCCGCGCCGCCGGCUCGUUUGACGAAGACGACCUGUGGCGCGAUUGCAUUGGUGGCUUGUUCGAGGGGUUUCCCGAUGAUGAGAUUUGCGAGAGGGGCGUGGUGGCGUGGAGCCCGCCGUGGGAGAUUGCUGGGUGGGAGAUGACGGAGGGGUUUUUGAGGAAGUGGCGGGGGUUGUUUGGGGGGUUGCCUGGUGGGUUGGAGGCGACGAAUCGGUGGAGACUGGAGAGGGGGGAAGAGGUGCUGAGGGAGGUGGAGUUUGGGGGUGAUGCUUGAUGAGGUGUGCUUUGUAGAUUUUGUUUCUUCUUCUUCCUUCUUUUUUAAAUGGUUGAUGGAGAUGGGUGUACUGGAUUGGGGUUUUUUUUUGGACGAUCGAUGAUGGAUGGUAGUUACUUACAUUUAUUGGACGGGCGUGUCAUGUCUCCUUCCUCCUCCUCUUCUACAUCCCCUUCUCCCCUUUCCCGC